GGAGAGCAUUUCAAAGGGAUUAAAUGCACUGUGGAGACGUACAUGCAGCACGUUUCAUCAUGACUGUCUACAGAAUAGAUCAAGCAUUCAUCUGUCUUCUUAUUCUUGUGAUGACAGGAGCAGAGGUGCAGGAAAACCUUUCACCAGAGUGUAAGCAGUUCCUGUACAUGGGGACGCUGCCUCGAGGGCUUGAGGAGCAGCCCUUUAAAAAGAUCUGUCAGUUCUACGAGGGCAAAGCAAGAUUUAUCACCCUGUACGACACCUUCAGCCACAUACCUGUAUACUCCGCAUACACCUUCAAGCGCUCGGAUGGCUCUAAGAAGGUUGAUGUGCCUUGGAUGUAUGAGCCACAGCUCUCUACAGUGUCUGGCUCAAGAGAGAUGCAGCACUUCCCUUCAGAAAAUGUCCACAGCAGCUUUGAGGACGCUCAGGCUGUGCUGGACGACUACUCCGACACUGUGAUCUUUGAACGUGGUCAGCUGAAUCCAGACGAGCACCAGGCCAACCCCAGUGACAAAGCAGCCACCUACACGCUGACAAAUGUGGUUCCUCAAGUCCGAGAGUUCAACAUCGGUCCGUGGAAAAACUACGAGCACACCAUCCGCAGGCGGCUCAACAACUACUGCCGUGGCACCGCCUUUGUGAUCACUGGGGUCACCACCUCAGGCCACACAAUCCGCCGCCAGAACAUCAACCGCCUGGCCAUCCCCACGUACCUCUGGUCGGCCUACUGUUGCAUCGAUUUUGACCACAAUGCCCCGUACUCCGAACGCUCAAAGCUCCCUGUGUUUGCAGCUUAUGGGCUCAAUGACAGGGAGAAUAAUCGGGUUCAAGAAAUGACGGUGCAGCAGCUGGAGGACUUCCUGAAGAGGGUAACUUAUGUUGACAGCUCCUUCCAGAUCUUCUAUGACAACUGUGUGCCUCCUAGCAGUGAUAACAGUGCCCUGCAUGUGCCUUGAGAAAAAGAAAUUCAGAUGGUCCCAACAACAUUAAGCAGCUGAUUAGAAGUGAAUCAUUAAUUUGACUGUAUUUAUUCUAUAAUUCCUCUUUGGGUGCUUGAUUGCUGCUUUAAAUGUUACACUUUGAGAUAAAAUGAGUAAAUAGGGAACAGUUUUCGUGUGGUGUCCCAAGUGUCCUUAACUUCAUUAAUCUUCCUGUUAAAUAAUCUGUAUUUAUUAUAGAAUCUUUAAAUAUACACAGUUAACAAUACAGUAUGAAAUAGUUGUAGGGGUCCGCUUACUAGCUUUUCGGCGAUUCCUUUGCUAAAAAUAAACCUGAAGAUGUGGUUAAAAGCUUAAAAGCUACUAUUUGGACUGAGCCUCAAUUUUAAGGCACAGUGUUCCCAAAUGUCAACGUUUAUCAUCCACUGUAAUAACUGUUAAACAUUUUUUGAAAGAAGUAACGAUCGACCACUUGAUUUUACAGAUUUCAAAUUAAAUACACUGUAGUAUUACUGCAACUGUUUCUUUGAUGGUGCAUUACCAAGCUUUGGUUAUGUAUGAAGGCAUCAUA